UUGUGGUUGAGUCACUUCUUCAUGUCCCACGAUCAGCUGACUUGAUACGCCCUGCCCUCGUUUCAAUUAUCAUUACACUGUUUUUGCUGUACAAAAGUAGCAGUGAGAGCUUCUCGUUUGCGGUGCGGUUUCGCUAUCAGUAUCGUGUCGGGUCUUUAUCGGCGUCGUCAUCAGCGCCAUGUCUCAUAGCGAUUUCGCCAAAGACACGGCCGUCGCAAGAACACCAGGAAGAGACGAACACGCCACAUCACCGUCCACUAAGUCGCAUACUUCAAACAAAUCCCGCGUCAUCGAAGACAUCGAAACUGAAGAUGAUCGCGCCUCCAUAUCGUCAGCGUCGACGCAUUCCGACUCAAUCAAUUCGGUAGCAGAUCAACGUCCGUCUAUACAUCAUACCUGGAGCAGGAACACCGGGCACUCGUGGCCUGGCGACAAAGAGGAUGCGAUUACAACGGUCACUACGAACGCAACGCAAGACCCGCGCUUCGAAGUCGAUUAUGAGGAGGGAGAGGACCCAGAGGAAUGGCCCAUGUUGAGGAAGGCCCUCGUCGUCUUCUUUAUGAGCUUUUCGACACUAGUCGUAGUCAUGUACUCGACGAGUUAUACAAGCGGCAUACCGGGUAUGAUGGAGACGUUUGGUAUACGGUCGAAGACGCUGGUAAUAUUGGGGAUAACAACCUACCUUUGUGGUCUUGCAAUUGGAUCGCUGCUCCUAGCACCACUUAGUGAGAUGUACGGCAGGAGACCGGUCUACCUGAUCGCAGUCGCUUUGUUCACGGUCCUUAUCAUACCGUGCGCUCUGUCGAACAAUCUAGCCCAGAUUCUCGUUAUGCGCUUCUUCGGCGCAAUUGCAGGCGCAGCCAUGAUUUCCAACGCCCCAGGCACGGUUUCCGACAUAUCCAAGGAAGACUAUCGCGCCCUUGCAUUCUCCAUUUGGUCUCUAGGGCCAAUGAAUGGUCCCGUUAUUGGACCUCUCAUUGGCGGAUUCGUCUUCCAAGCCCUGGGUUGGCGAUGGACAAACUGGGUUGUUAUGAUCGGCUCUGGUACAUCCUGGUUCAUGGUCUUCAUGAUCCCGGAAACAUACAAACCAGCAAUCCUUCGCGCCAAGUCAGCAAACAAGCGCAAGGAAACCUCUGAUUCACGAUACCACUCGCGCUACGAUGAGAAGAAAGCCUUCUGGCCUCUGCUUCGGGAGAAUCUUUACCGACCCCUUAGCAUGGCGGUCAACGAACCGAUUUGCAUCUUCUGGGACGUAUAUAUAGCAUUGGUCUAUGGAGUCUUGUACUUGUGUUUCGUCUCAUACCCUAUCGUUUUCGGCGAGCUCCGAGGUUGGUCGCCUGGACUUGUUGGACUGGGUUACAUGGGUAUCGGUAUUGGGGGUGUCAUCACGAUAGCUUCAGAGCCUCUCCUUCGCCGUAUGAUCAACAGUCAUAAGAAGGAUCCAGAGACUGGCAAGCCCUACCCAGAGGCCAUGGUCAGCGUGGUCGUUAUCGCUGCAGUUUGCGUCCCGGUUGGCGAGAUGAUCUUUGCCUGGACAUGCACUCCUAACGUCCACUGGAUCUUUCCCCUCAUCGCCGGAAUUCCCUUCGGUGCUGGCAACUGCGGUGUCUUUAUUUACGCAUCUAACUACCUCGUGCAUUCAUACGGCAUCUACGCCGCUUCUGCUCUCGCUGGAAAUGCCGUGUUGCGUUCUGCUAUGGGUGGAGCCCUUCCCCUUGCAGGCCCAAAAAUGUACCAGAGCCUUGGUCCGCAUUGGAGUGCGACAAUGCUCUCGCUCAUCGAGUUCGCACUGAUACCUAUUCCGGUAGUCUUUUACCUCUACGGACAUAAGAUCAGAGAAAAGAGUGCUUUGAUCAGGCAGAUGAGGGAGGACAGGGAGAGAGUGGAUGCGAAGAAGAGGAAGGCUGCCGAGAGAGCGGAGAGGGCAAAGGGCGGUUUUGUUGAUGAGAAGAAGCUAGAAGUCUGAUCGACUUGCAUAGGUAAUGCUCGU